GGCAAGCGUUCCCCCAGCUGUUUCCUGUCUACAGUGUCUGUGUUUUGUAGAUAAAUGUGAGGAUUUUCUCUAAAUCCCUCUUCUGUUUGCUAAAUCUCACUGUCACUGCUAAAUUCAGAGCAGAUAGAGCCUGCGCAAUGGAAUAAAGUCCUCAAAAUUGAAAUGUGACAUUGCUCUCAACAUCUCCCAUCUCUCUGGAUUUCUUUUUGCCUCAUUAUUCCUGCUAACCAAUUCAUUUCCAGACUUUGCACUUCAGAAGCAAUGGGAAAAAUCAGCAGUCUUCCAACCCAAUUAUUUAAGUGCUGCUUUUGUGAUUUCUUGAAGGUAAAGAUGCACGUCACGUCCUCCUCGCAUCUCUUCUACUUGGCCCUGUGCUUGCUCACCUUCACCAGCUCUGCCACGGCUGGACCUGAGACGCUCUGCGGGGCUGAGUUGGUGGAUGCUCUUCAGUUCGUGUGCGGAGACAGGGGCUUUUAUUUCAACAAGCCCACGGGGUAUGGCUCCAGCAGUCGGAGGGCGCCUCAGACAGGCAUCGUGGACGAGUGCUGCUUCCGGAGCUGUGAUCUGAGGAGGCUGGAGAUGUACUGCGCACCCCUCAAGCCUGCCAAGUCAGCCCGCUCCGUCCGUGCCCAACGCCACACCGACAUGCCCAAGGCUCAGAAGUAUCAGCCCCCAUCUACCAACAAGAAAACGAAGUCUCAGAGGAGAAGGAAAGGAAGUACAUUUGAAGAACACAAGUAGAGGAAGCGCAGGAAACAAGAACUACAGAAUGUAGAAAGACCUUCCUGAAGAGUGAAGAAGGACAUGCCACCGGCAGGAUCCUUUGCUCUGCAUGAGUUAUCAGAAGACCCACCAAAAAAGUUUGAUAACAUUUCAAAAGAUGGGCAUUCCCCCAGUGAAAUACGCAAGUAUACAUUCCAA